AUGGCAUUGAGCCAGGGGGCAAGGCCCACGCUCCUCGUUUACACGCGGAGACCGGGCGGGGAGAAGCACCCCCGUGGCCGCCCCGCGCACCUUCCUGCGGCCCACAUGCAGCCGGGAAGGGCGAUGGAGGAUGCGAGGAGCGGAGCCCGGGAUGGGAUGGCCGACGGCGGGCUCCUUCCGGCUGACCGUCCCCACAGGGAGGGACACCCAUCGAGCGGCGCCACGGCCGCUCAGCACGGGGUCACCUGCGCUCACGGGCCUCUGCCGCCGGAGGGCCCGCCGAGCGCUCGCCCCCACCAGCGGGUGGGCAGUCGAGCCAGGGGACGGCCAGCGGACAACGGCGCUGCAGGUGCGCGUUCGAGAAGAAAAGGCCGUCGAGGGGAGGAGAGGACGCGGCGCCGCGCGCACCAGAGACCGCGGCAGCGGGCCAAGGAGAGAGAGCGAUGGUGGGCCCCGGUAGCCGCGACCCCGUGGCCGAGGAAGGGCAGAGAGGGCGCACUCUCUGCUGGUGUCGCCCAUUACGGCGAGGCGAGCGGGCCCCCAUGGACCAUGGAGAGGGGGGUGCAGGGCGCCCCUCCCCAGCGCCGCACGGUUAAACCCCGCGGCGCGCAGCGGGACAACGAUGGCAACGGAGGAGCGCAGCCGGUGGCAACGGGACAACCACUGCAGGGGAUCAGUGGGAGUAGCUGCUCCCCCCCCCUCAGUGGCACCCCACAUGGCCACUGCCCGGCAUGCCUGCCGCCACCGGCACCGGCACCGCAGCCACCAACGGUGGGCCGCACCGAGCCGCCGGAGUCUUUAAACCACCAUCUGGCCCUGCUGGCCCCUUUCGGCAAACCCGUAGCGUUUCACGACGCCGAGGGAAAAAAACUGGGGGAACCGCCGAGGCGCGGAGCACUAGGUACCUGGCCCCAGGGCGAGGGAAACUACCUGCAUGGCCCCGCCGGGGUGUCUCCCCUACUGCUGCCUUUGGGGGAGCGUGCACCGGCGGGGGCACGCCCAACAUCUGCCGCCACCGCUGCCACGUCCUUCUUGGAGCCCGGGGUUUCCCUCAGUAGCCCGGUGCUGCGCGCCCAAGAGGACCGCCGUGGCUCGGCGCCCCCCAGCCACCCAGCUCCCUUGCCCUUUCCACCUCGGCCGCGGAUGGGUGCCACGGCCAGACGGCCGGCCGUCGCUCGACAGGCGAAGCAGCGAGGGAAGGGAUGGGCGCGCCUCCAGGAAGGGGCCGUGCCGAGCACCCCUCCCUCCUGA